CUGUUCUGCUCUGUCUGCUCUCUUCGUUGGCUUGGAGGCGCAUCGAUAACACUUUUCCUCAAUUCUUUCUGCUUACGUGACUUCUACACUAUUGUUUUAAUGUCACGACGGGAAAGAGACUUUUCAAAAUGGAGCUAUCACAAAAACUCCGUUGGGACCAAUUCGUGCUUUUGGCAGCAGCGCUUAUGUCACCUGCAUUAACGGUGCUGUGUAACGACAUACUCGGCCUCAAGGGGGCAGGAGAUCCAGUGUUGACACCUAACUCGGUGUGUCUGCGGCUGGCCGGGCUCAGCAAGCGCCAGAUGCGGAUGUGCGUCCGCAGCCCCGACGUGACGGCCUCCGCCCUGCAGGGCAUCCAGGUGGCGGUCCACGAGUGCCAGCACCAGCUCCGCGAGCACCGGUGGAACUGCUCCUCGCUGGAGGGUCACGGGAAGCUUCCCCACCAGAGCGCCAUCCUCAACAGGGGUUUCCGCGAGAGCGCCUUCUCCCUGUCCCUGCUGGCGGCCGGGGUGGCCCACUCCGUGUCCUCGGCCUGCAGCAUGGGCAAGCUGCAGGGCUGCGGCUGCGAGGCCAAGCGCCGGCUGGACGACGACAAGAUCCGCAUGAAGCUCACCCAGCUGCAGCUGCGCACGCUGCAGAAGGGCGGGGCGGCGGGGGGGCUGGCGCGCCCCCCCGCCGGCCCGCACCCGGCCGGCCCCUCCGUCCUGCUGAGGCCCCCGCCCGACCCGGGGAGCUCCGUGCAGGAGACCUGGGAGUGGGGCGGCUGCAGCCACGACACCCGCUUCGGGGAGCGCUUCUCCCGGGACUGGCUUGACUCGCGGGGGUCGCCCCGGGACAUCCACGCCCGGAUGAGGAUCCACAACAACAGGGUGGGGCGGCAGAUCGUGACAGACAACACCAAGAGAAAGUGCAAGUGCCACGGCACGUCGGGCAGCUGCCAGUUCAAGACCUGCUGGCACGUGUCCCCCGAGUUCAGGCUGGUCGGGGCGCUGCUCAAGGAGAAGUUCCUCGUGGCCAUCUUUGUCAACUCGCAGAACAAGAACAACGGCGUCUUCAACCCCCGCACGGCCGACAGGAGGGGCGCCGGGGUUAAGAACGGGGGUCCUGGGGGAGGGGGAGAAGGAGGAGGAGGAGGAGGUGCACGCCGCCGCGGCAGUGUUUCCCGGGAGCUGGUGUACUUUGAGAAGUCGCCAGACUUCUGUGAGCAGGAGCCUUCGCUGGACUCGCUGGGCACUCAGGGCCGCAUCUGCAACAAGACCAGCCGCAGCAUGGACAGCUGCGGGGCGCUGUGCUGCGGCCGGGGACACAACAUCCUGAAGGAGACGCGCAGCGAGCGCUGCCACUGCCGCUUCCACUGGUGCUGCUACGUGCUGUGCGAGGAGUGCCGCGUCACCGAGUGGGUCAACGUCUGCAAGUAGACGCUGUGCAACCCCCCCCCCCCCCCCAUCCCCACCCCUGCCUCGACGGACCCAGCCCACCCUCGGAACCCCAAAUCCCUUCUCGUUCAAGACUCAAAAUGGGGGAAGGAUUAUGAUGCUUCCCCGACCAACACGUAGACACACGCAGCGGGCCCAGAGCAGACUGCAGUGGGCCUUGUUUCCCGUUGUGUAAGUCACUUAGGAAAUCGGUUUUCUGCUCUACUUUUUUUCUAUGUCAUCUGGGUUUUAUUUAGUGCUUGUAGCCGUUGUUAUUCUGGAAAUGCCAAGUCAGAGAUGACUCAUGUCUAGUGGCCUGGCGACCAUUUCACUGUAAAAUACUUUUGUAUUUGAAUGUGUAUAUAAAUAGUUGAAUGUAUAAUUCCUGUUAUUGUUAUAUCCAUAUAAAUAUAUUAUAUUGAAGGCCAUCCUAUUAGAAGAGACCGUGGGAGAGAGAGAAGGAGGUUGUUUAACUGGACAGGGGAUCAGAGACCGUGUGGGAACAAACCUUACAUUUCUAGGUAUCUCGCUGUGACGCCGCAGACCUAAAACCGAAAUCUAGGGGAUGAAAUAUCAAGAUCAGUUUUCAUUUGUCUUGAAGAAGGGAUCUGCUUUCUUAGAUGCGUCGAGGAAACAACGUUCGGAUGCGAACACCUCAACACCUGAAGGCCCUCAUUGAUAUGUACAUAAUAUGAUAUACAAUAUCUGAAGCUUCAGUCCCUCGAUCCUGACGGUUUCUUAUGAAUUAAGAUGCUUUUCUCAAACACGUGUACUAUCACCAAUCUAUUACACAGCCUUUUGUUGGGUUCAAUGUAAAGUGAUAUCAAAGUAAACAUAUUUUUUAAUUAA